AUGUCUUCCAGUUGCCCUUCCUCCACAGCUACCCCAAAUGAAGUCCGCGCAUACCUCAUCCAAGUCCUCAUCACCAAGCACAACGCCACUGCCGACUAUGCCAAUAAAGUGGCCAAGAAAUGGGGCUUAGGGCGUGGCUUGGAUCUACGACGCAUGAGAAGAUCUGACUUUCAGAACUGGUUUGGGCAUACAGAUGGGUACUAUCUAUUCGAUAGUGUCCAAGAGGAUAUCUGCUCUAACCCAUAUAAAACACCUUUGGGUUUAUCGCAUACUGGAUCCCAUUCAUUUGUUAUACUAUUUCCAUCUCCCUCACUUUUAAAAUGUGUCACGAGCCCCAGCGAUUUCAAGAAUAUAUCCGCUUUAUUUGCUUUUACUCUGGGCCUCCAAUUGUUGCUUGUGCGUUCGCGAACCAAGGGGAGCGCGCUGUAG